GAACGAUGUGUCGUUCCUCGCGCAGACGCAGUCGGAAUUCACCUCUUGGAUGGUUUCAGUUCAGUCUUGUUUCUGUAUCGUCAAAAUUUCGUGUGCUAUUUCGCAAUAAAAUUAUUUCCUAAGUUUAUAAACUGUGCUCUAUUGAAAUAUAAACUCAAAAACACUUUGGAUUAAUACACUCUGAAAAUGCAGGACUACACUAGCCCGGAUGUUGGGUGAAUGUUUUGUUUUUUUCUACAUCGUCCCUCGUCAGCGACGAUUCAAUCGCGGUGUGUUUGUGUUUAGUCCCAGAAUGGGUCGGAACCGCUGCGCUGAAUCGGUGCUUUGAAAUGAUGUUUUCGAGGAGUGCUGGGCCUAUUUUAGGCCCAGCCAAUGAAGUUUUAUUUAGGUAUUUUGACUUGAAAUGAAUAUAUCGCCCAAUGUUAAUUUGGAAAGGAUUGAAGAGGCUGACCUCAAACUACAAUUUCAACUCAACAAGUGCCUUAAUGAAAAACGCCGUAGGGAGUCUGCCAAUGACUACCUAGAAGAGCUAGCAGGCUUCUUUUCUGCUAGCGCAUCUGACAUGUGCUCCCUCUCCAUCAACAGCAGUAAUAAGUGUGCCAUAUUACAGGAAACAGUCAGCCAACUCCGUCAAAUUAAAUUAGAAGAGUGCGGUUCAAGUGAUGACCUUCAAAAAAGUGAAGUAUCUUCUAGCAAUCCUAAUAUUUUCGGCACUGAUCUUUUAGCUCCAGUGUAUCAGUCAAUGCUACAUGUAAGAAUUCAUUUUGAAAAUUUGAUUGACAAGAGUAUUUAUAAUAUUAUUCACGUUGGAGAUCACGCUCGCUUUAGUAGCAACUUGUUGCCUAUGUCUAUAGGUAACGGUUUCGGUUGGUCUGAACCAAAUGAAUCGGUCAGUAAAAGCCGAUCUUUCAACUGUCGCUUUUUGAUUAAACCUCCUGAGGAUCAGGAGGAGACUAUGGAAGAAAAGCAAACUCGGGUUUCACAGUAUGAAAAUAUGCAGAUUUCAGCAGUACUUUUACCUUACUCUGGAGAAAAGACAGAGACAGAUGACUUGGAAGCAGAUAUUCAAAAUCGUUUAGUUUGUGUUGCUAGGAGAUUACCACCAAACGAAAAAAGCAAUCUUCCCGCAACCGAACAGUUUCUCACCCGUCUUGAUCUUAGGGGAAAGAUAAUAUCCAUUGAUACAAGUGGUGUUUCUGCAACCUACAGUCAAUAUUUAAACAAAGAUCUUGUUGGGUGUAGUAUUCAAGAACUCUGUCAUCCGGAUGAUUUUCAGAAACUUGGUCAACAUUUGAAAGAAACCCUCCAGCAAGGCAGCAACACCAGUGGCAUCUAUAGACUUCGACUAGCUCACGAAAAAUUUGUUUUUGUUCAAACAAAAAGCAAGCGUGUGAAUUUCAACCACAUGGCUAGCAGUGAACAAGAAAUUAUAAUAGCUACACAUACAAUUUUAAGGGAUAGUGAUCAUUGCUUAGAAAAUGCAGUAGCACCCCUAAGAAAUAAUCCUUCUCCUGUUAGUGCUCCUUCAUUAGGUAGCACUAUGAAUGGAAACUCUUAUUCAUUUUCCUCAAUGAGUCCUCAAGAUUUUAAUUUUAAUGACAUUGGGAUGGAAUUUUUACCAUCCUCUAGCUGGGAUUUAGGAGCUGGAGAUGCACAGGAUUUGGAUGUUCCAAGUUUACCCAAUACCCUCGGUGCUCCUUCCACUCCCGUGAGCAACAGUAGCAGCAUCAGCUCUGGUGCUCAGCAACAACGGACUCAACACCCCUCUGGCAGUGCCUUCAGUCCAGAGCUUGUCUCCGGUCGGGGAUCCCCAGCGAUGCAGUCACCAGCUCAGCUGAGCACAACAGGAAGUCCAGCCCCUGGCCGAGUGACUCCUUUUUCGAAUAACUUUGCCUACAGUCCUGUGUCAUCACAAACUCUUAGUAGGACUUCCUCGCCAGCCCCAAACCUCAUAAAACGGGAAGAGCAGCAUUCUGCUGCGAGCAGUAAUGCUGAACUCUCAAACCUUAGCCCCAUAGGUGGCUUGAUUAGUGAUAGUCAAAACUGUAACAAUGCUACUCAAAAACUUCGCAACCUCCUCACUCAUGGUAUGGAGGAGGCUGAUUCCUCUGUUCCUAAAAACAUUUCCUCCGAUAAAAUGGAGGAAGUGGUUAACACUGAAAAUGGAUUUCCAUCCAGAAAUCAAACGGAUGGUAUGACUUUGCAUAAUGAAAAUAUUAUACUACGCGAACUUCUCAACCAAGAAGAUGAGGAUAUUGUAGAUGAAGCCGCUAAAAAUUCCUCUUGUGAUUCUAAUUUAAAUAUUUCUCCCGAACUGGGUUCAAAUGAUCCUCUGCAAAAAAGGACUAUGAAUAACAACAACAUGUUGAGAAAGCUUCUUAACAAUGGUGAGGAUAAAAGCUUUAAGAAAAAUCAAGAUGUACUAAUUCAACAACUUCUGAAGACAGAAGGAAAAGUAUCUGGAGAUCUUAAUUUAAGACUCGAUGUCAAGACAGGGUGUCCAUCACCACGAUUAGGAGCUGACUCUAACAUGAAAAGGAAGUCCCCCGAUACACCCAUCGAUGAAUCUGCUGCCAAACGACCAGUCCCUCAAAAUCCUCAUGUAUCUGGAGAUCUUAAUUUAAGACUUGAUGUCAAGACAGGGUGUCCAUCACCACGAUUAGGAGCUGACUCUAACAUGAAAAGGAAGUCCCCCGAUACACCCAUCGAUGAAUCUGCUGCCAAACGACCAGUCCCUCAAAAUCCUCAUGCUCGUCUGGCUGGACAGAAUCCCAUGCUGGCUUCAAUGCUGGCACAAACACCUCGUACAGCACCAUCUGUACCAACUAGCAUUGCUAAUGCAAUUGUGUCACAACUACCACAAGAAAGACUGCCAAAGAAUCUUGAAAAGAAACUGGUCCACACUCCUUAUACAGGAACUUCAAGUGAUACAACCCCAAAUAACCAAUAUAGUUUCAGUCAAGUACAAAUUGGCUCUCGUAGUCUGUUGUCUACUUCAUUGCAGCAAGAGGUUGUUACAGCCGAUUCACGUGGCCAUGUUACCUUAGCACCGCAAACUUCAAACUCUGGUUUUUCGCAGUUGCAAAAUUUCAAUUCGCAAAAUAUAAACCUACAGAUAGGUGGCUACGGCAGCCAGUUUCCCACAACUUCCCAGCAACAGUCUAAUAUCCAAACAGCCAACAUGAUCUUAAACACCAUAGCUGAAGCUAGUAAAGACUCUAAAACAAUAAUUAAUUCAAAUGAUCCAGAUUUAUCCGAUAUUCUUGAUCAGGUUUGGAGCUUAGAACAAGAGAUGAAUUACGAGACCACUACUGACGAACUGGACUUGUAUAAAUUCCUGGAUGACCCACCUCAAAAUAUUCCCACAGCUAGUCCUAAACCAGUUCAAGAUGUUCAGGAAAAAUUAGCCAUUGAUGCCAUACAGAAACAGCUAAUGAGUAUGAGUUAUGAAGGCCACAACCCAAGGAACAAUAACAUUCGGUUCCAGCAACCUAUGGGAUUGACUCCCCAGCAACAGCAACCUUCUGUGGUGAGCACUUUUGCUCAGAUCAACCAGUUCCAGACUGCCCCUCCUGCAUAUACAAUGUCUAAUGCUAGGACACGUGCACCAGGUUUACAUACAGUACAAAACAAUUCCCUAAAUGUUAUGCCAUCGCAGCAAAUGCAACAAAUUCAGAUGAAUAAUCAAAGGCAGACACUGUUGCAGUACAGUGGAUUGAAUUCUGUUAAUGACCUAAAUUCUCCAAUGAGGCAACAACUUGCACAGAAACAAAAACUUUACCUUCAACAACAACAGAAGAGGCUCAUGCUACAGCAACAAAAGCAACAGAUGGCCCUCAGUAACCGACAAAGCAUGGCAGAUAAUAUUCCCAAUAUUCAGUCCCCUGCAUCAGCCCCAUUUACGGACAACAUUAGUGAUUUAAUUAACAAUACAGUUGCUCCAAACGUUACCCUUCAGAGAUCUGCAAGUAUGCCAGAACCUCAACUUUCUCCCAGAUAUACUAGUGUGCAACAAAUUUCCAAUUCCAUUGCACCUCCUGCAAGUCCAUCCCAGCUAUCUCCAGGUCAACGCCAGCAGCCACCAUUUCCUCCUCUGUCACAGACUAGUUACAAUAAUUAUCCACAAUCUCGGUUGUCCCCUCAUGUGCAACCACAAGGUGCUCCAAAUCAAGCUUGGGUGCAGAGAGCGUCACAAAAUCCAGCAAAUCUACAACAACAAAACCCUAUGUUGAAUGCACAGCUUUCUCAGCAGCAACAAGCUUUUGCUAAUUCAACAAGAUUCACGAAUCAGCAACAGCAGCAGCAACCUCGUCAACUUCACAUGCACUCCAUGCCUAGUCCUGGUUCUAGGAAUUCUCCUUAUUCCAAUCCUCCUGAUUCACCAUUCCAUCCACCUUCACCUGGAGUGGCACUUUAUCAACAACAAGCCCCACCCUUAGCUCAGCAACCUUCCCAGCCACCUCAACAGAGACUUCAAAGAGCAGUUUCCAUUCCAAAUCGAGUCAAUUCUCCUCGCAGCCUGCCGGCAGGUUUUUCGGGAGGUGAUCCUAUUCUUUCUCCUCAGCCUUCACCUGGAAAUUAUAAUCCUCCUGUGUCUAAUUAUAAUGCUGCAAUGUCUGUAUCUUCUGCUUCCAAUUACAGUUUGGAUAACUUCUCUUACGAUCAGCAGGUUUAUCCUCAAACUAUGAUGGACAGAAAUCGUAAUAAUAACAGAUCUGAAUAUGUCCGCCAAGAAUUGAGGGCUAAAGUUGGAGCUCGAAAUCAACAGCACCAGGUUCACCAACAAUUAGUACAACAAAUGCCUCAACAACAAGGAUCUCAGUCAACAAAUCAGUCCCUUAGUCAAGCUGAUUUUGAUGCUCUUGGAUUUUCCCUUGACCUUGAUGGGCAACCAACCUCACCUGCUCUUUAUUCCCAAUCUCUUCUUAAUGCUGGAGGAGUAAAUGAAAGUCAACCUCAAACUGGUAGUCCUAGGUUUCAACUUGAUGAACAGAGGCCAUCUGAGCCCAAAAAAUCACUGCUACAACAAUUGCUGUCAGAGCCUCCUUGAACCGUUUUCCACUCUCCUGAGUUUCAUUAACUAAUCCAGGAGAGAAUGUUUCUUUUUUUUUAUUUUCUUUAAUUUAAUUCUACGACUUGUUUAUAAACUGUAAAAUAUCCUGCUGUGCUUCAACUCAUGGCAGUUUUGCAAACUUAUUUUUUGCCCUGAGCAAAAACUAUAGUGAAAAAGAAAAAAAAUCUUUUUUGAGUUUUUUUUCUUUCUUUCUUUUCAGAGCUAAGCACUAAUUUUCCUUAAAAACUUUUUAAUCUAUUAAAGGAACUUUAAAAAGGAAAUCCUGCUUUGUACUAACUGAAACUACUUGUAAAUAUGAAAGGGAAAAAAGCUGUAUAAGUUGUAAUAUGCACCUUUGUAAACUUCAGAAGAAUUUCUUUUCUCAGAUCAUUCACGACAUAUUUUUCUUUAUUUAUCUGUGUGACAUAAUCUGACUUCAAAACAUGUCACCUUCGAGUGAAUGUUAAAAGUCCCUCAAAAUCAUCUGUUUACAAGCUAUUUUGUGCUAAUGGACUUGCCUAGAUUUGUACAGCAAAUUAAAAUGUGUUUGUAUGCAUGUAUUUAAAUGUAAAUAUAUAUAUAUAAAUAUAUAUACACAUAUAUAAAUAUAGAAUUAUUGUAUUUCAUAGUUCAUUAUGAACCUGGCUUGUUCGAAACAAAGAUGCAUAUUUGUAUGUAUGAUUUGUUUUAGUGUGAUUUUGACCUGAGUUCAGAAUGAGACGAAAGAAUUUUAUUGAAAGCGAAAUAUAUUGUGAUCUAGUUUAUAUCUGUCGUUUUGUAUAAAAAAAAAUUGCGAAAAAAGUGUUUUAGCAAAAAAUUUAUUUUAAAAGAAAUGUAGUUAAUGCAUAGAAUGUUACCCAUAUUAACAUACAAACAACUAAUAAAGUUAUACCAAAUUUUGCUUAUAUAGAGUUGUUAAAUAAGAAAUUUUUUUAACAUAUUUUUGUAUCAAAAUAGUUUCCUUUGGGCUUACCUAUUAUUGCUGUGAUUUUUUUUUUAAAAAUAUGAAUUGUUCUGUGACAAAAUGUAUUUAAUUGAAAUCGGUAUUAGCCUUACAUUCCAUUGUAUAUUUGGUUCGAAAAUUCUAUAGAAACAUGGAACUAAAAUAACACAUGAGGAUUGAGCUAUUAUUUUAAUUAUUAAUUCCAUAUAAUUUAUUGAAUGUACAAAAUGCAACGUGUAACCUAUAUGAAAUAUGAUCUACAGGUAAAGUAAACAUUAUUUGAUUUUUAUGUACUUUUAAAACAGCACACUGCUUCCAGUUAAAAACAAUUUAUAAUUAUUUGAAGUAAGCAAUUCCAGAUAAUUAAAAGUGGGUUUGCAAAAUAUACCAUAUUGUUAAAAUAUUCUAUAUUAUUGGUAAACCAUAUUCAUAGCUGCCAACUCUACUGAAUUUUCAAGUAGACUACUGGAUUUUGCCAGUUUCUCCUGGUCUAUUGGUUUUUGUACAUUUUAGAAAAUUCCCUAAAAUUUAGUAUGUUUCCCUAAAUUUGAGUAAGCUUGCUUGAAUAGUUAAAUAAGUAUUACUAAUGCUUAAUGAAGUGAGCCUCAUUUAUAAAAAUCAGUUUAAAACUUUCUUUUGUUCUAUAAUGUUCAGAUUACUUUUAUUCAGAACUUUCGAAUUAAUUAAAAAAUCUUUUAACUAUCUUUGAUGAAUUAAAUGUCUAUUACUAUUCAUAAUUAUGAGUAAACAUACAUAACAUUUGAAGUUCAUUUAUUGUCAAUCAUAGCAGGAAAAUAUUGCAGUCUUUUUAUUUUGAUGACCAUAAAAUUCCCUAUGUUUAAAAUAUUUAUUACAUUAUGAAACAAUUCUUAUGAAAUUUAUAUAAUUUUGUAAAAUCUCCUGAAUUUUUUUCUUAUCCAAGUUGGCAGCUAUGCAUAUUGUCAAAAGUUGAUAUACAUCUGUAAUUUAAAAGUGUAUACCAACUUUUAGUAACUUGAGCCUGAGCUAGAAACAUAUAUUUUCAUUUAAUUUCCUAAUUAGCAUUGGUUUUUAGGAUAGUUUAAAGUAAGUUGUUAUUGAUAUUAAAAAUAAUUUUAAAUUAGCUAAUCUAAAAUAAAUUUUUCAAAAAUAUGGAUUAAUUUUUGAACAAAUUUCAGUUUUAACCUGUUACACACGAACCAAAAUUAAUUCAGUUUUCGUUAACUCUCUCAUAACUCCUUCUAUGAUAUUAUUAAUUUUCAUUAUAUGGAAUUACCUUAAAAAAACUUUUUUAUAGAAUUAUUAAUUUUUAUUCUAUCAAAACUAUUGUAUAGAUAACACCAAACCUGUACACAAUUCUAUUUAUAAUUUCAUAUUAUAUCAGUUCCAUGGCUCUUGGAUUUAAUUGUUAGAAAAUAAUUUAUAACCUUAAUAUUGGUAAUCUAAAUGUUCCUAAUAUUAAAAAUAAAACCUACAACAUUUUGAGUUUUCUUCAUUGCACUAUUUUAAUUUAAAAAAUUCUUAAUUGUAACUAGUGGGGAAAAUAGCAAUUUUAAUACAACUAGCUAAAAUAUUUUAAAAUGUUUAACUAGAUUAAACAGGCUGUUCUAAUAGUCUAAUGCCUUGAAUGAUAUCUAAUGGUGCAGAAAAUAACUUUCUUACUGCAAACUAUUUAUAAAGUUUGUAUCUUGAAUUUAUAGUAGUUAAAAAUUGUUGCUUGCUAGUUUAAACUCACCAUAUUUUGGGAUAAUUGUUGCAUUUUUGUUUAUAAAUUUUUUUUUCAUAAUAUUCACUGAGCAAAAUUACUUUCAGGAAAACUUUUUGCAUUAUUUUUGAAGAAUUUUAUUAGUUUUUUUUUAUUUUAGAAAUGAUUUUAUUUUCUAGGAAUUAUAUAUUUACGCUCAUGAACGUAAUCCUAAUUAAUAUUAUUUGAGGUUACAUAAUUAUGACAAUUACUUUAAUCUUGUUACUGUAGCUUUCAUUUAAGCUUUAUUAGUGAAGAUAAAAACCUAUGAUUUUUCCCAAAGAAAAUGGCAGAUAAAAAUUACUUAAUUAUUACUUCAUGUGCUGUGAUGAUUUUAUACAUCUGAAUGAAUUAUAUAUUGCUGAAAUUAGAUUAUAUUUUAUUUUGUAGGUGUUUGAAUUCGGUUUUGUUGAAAAAAUUUCAUAUUUAUUUUUUAGUGUGAUAUCGAAUUUAUUUUUUCUGGUCAUAACUUCAAAUAAAGUGAUAUGACAAAAAAAGAAGAAAAAAAACAAAUGAUUAUUUAAUACUGUGUUAUUAUUAAUCUACAUACCAAAUGAAUAAGAAUUCUUCAGAUCAAGCUGAGUUGCAAAUAUUUGUCGAUUAUUUUUGUAUGGGGUAAUUUUUUUUAUUUCUUAUAGAGUGAGAUAAGAAUUAUUUAAUUCUUAGAAAGCAAAAAUAAUACUUUUAUGUUUAAUCAUACUUAAAAUACAAAAAAAAAUCUUAUUUAUAAAUAUAAUACCUAACAUUUUAUGUGAAACUGUGUUAUCUGAUUCUUUUAAUUUUAACGCUGAUAAUUAAAAACACUUGUGUCAAUGGUAACUAGAUUGGUGAAAUUUAAGUUAAGUCAACAUUUUAGCUUUUAUUUUGCUGUGUAGUAUUUCUUUCAAAGGGCAUUCUAUAAAUUUUUGCUCACAUAUUUUAUUUGUACCAUGUAUUUUGCGAACCACAUUUUGAUUUCCCAUUUACAUUUUAAACUUAAGAUAACAGCUUUGAACGGAACUAUUAAAUGGCUUUAUUUAUUGUUUCUUCAAAUAUAUUUUUAUUUUUAAUUAGUUAUGAUAUAAAAGACUUCCUACCUAGAUAUGGAGAGCAUGAGGAUUGCAAUGGAAUAGAAUAAAUUUUAAUCUUUUUUAUUGCUAAACAUCAUAUUUUAACAGAAUAUGUUAAAAGCUAAAUCUAUAUAUUUUUUUAAUUUGGUAAUUGCUAAGUUUUUUAGUCAAAAUUAUUUGAUCAAUUCAGACUGAUCUUUUAUCUGGGCAAAGUUUUAUGAAGUUUUUUCUGUGAAUCUUCAUUAAAGAACAUGUAGGAAAACAGUUUUUUGUGCAGGAAAAUAUUUUUUUACUGUAAAUAUGCUAAAUGAGGAUUAAAUUUUAAACAAAAAUUAUAGAAUGUCCUUUGUGUAUUUAAAAAGAUUGAAGAUUAUGAAAUCAUGUACAUUGCUCUUUUCUGAAAUGAUUUUUAUGGAUAUGAAAUAUUAUUUUGUAAAAAGGUGUUAAAAUAAUUUCUAGAAGUACUACUACUAAUAUUGUAACUUUGGACCACAUUUUUUUAAAUGCUAAUCUUAUUUUUCAAUUGUAUUUGUAAAUAAUAAAUUCCUCAAGUUGCACUUGUUAAAAUCAAUAGUUCACUUCCAAUUUUCCUAUGUGUAAUAUAAAUUAUGUUUUAAUUGAAUAUAUCUGCUACUUACAUUAGACAUAUAUGCACAUGUAAAUCAUGCAUUUUAAAGUUAAUGCUCAAUAUUUUAUUGUUCAGAAAUAUAUUUAUUUAAGUUAUAUUUUAAAUAAUCCAUUUCCUAACUAUUGCAAUUUUUAAAAUAAAUUUGAUUUUUUGUAAAAUUACUAACUUUUGUAAGCUUAAAUAGUUAUAUUCAAAUAUUUCAAAUUAUUUAAACUAAUAUCUCAUUUAAACAUUGAUUAAAAAUGAGUAGAACUUAUAUGCAUAUUUUACUGUGCUAUUAUGCUCUAGUUUAGUUGAUAAUGUAAUUUUUUUAAAGAAUAAUUAUAAACAAUUGGUAUAAAAAAGUUCCUGCAUUAGAUUGAAAAUUUGUUAAAAAUCAUUUGUGUUAAUAAUUUUUAAACUGUUAAAAACAGAUAUAAAAUUGUUAAAAUUAAGCAUUCUGAACUCAUCCUGUAUUCAUAUGUUGUAAUUAACAUGUCAUUCAUUGAAUUGUUUUAACAGAAUUUCAACUAUCAUAUCUGUUUAUUAAAUGCAGUGAUUUUGCUUAACUUAAAAUGAUUUGUCGUUGUCAUAUGAUCUCUUGGUUAUAUUGUAAUAUAAAAUAUAUUGUUAGAAAAAUAUUGACCUCAAUUCCUGAAAAAUUUGUUAAAUUUUCUAUGAAGUUGGAACUAUUUCUCUCCCUGCUUAAAUGCUAUAAAUUUAUUUUCCAUGUUGCGCCAGCAAUUACUUUUAUCUGUUAAACUGCGCAUACUUUACUAAGCAAUGAUACUUUUAUAACAAAUAAUAGUAUAUAGAUUUCAGCAUAGAUGGUGCCUCUUAGUGAUUGUUUUGAAGGAACGUUUUGGAGGGUAUUAAAAAAACUAAUUGUAAUACAAAUAAUGUCCAAUAACGUGAUAUAUUCAUGGUCCAAAGAAAACUAGAUUAUUUAAUUGCCAAAUAACAAACUUAGCUAACCAUCGCAUUUCUAUACCAGAAUUAUUUAUGCAUGUUUGCAGGAAAUUUCUGAAAAAAAAUAUUUUUAUAAUAGAACUUCUUAAGUCAAUAUAAAGCUCUGGUUUUUAGCAUGAAGUGGCUGCGACUUGAGGUUUUUUAUUUUCAUUGAAAAAGGAAUGGUGGUAUUCUUUAUCUGACUGAUGUUCUUCCUUUCUUGUCAAUUCAGUCUAUCUUACUGCUAAAAAUUUAUUUAAAUUUAUUACUCCAAUUAUUAUAUUUAUAUUGAAUUCUUAAAAUUUAAGCAAAAUUCUAUUUUGUAAAACAUUUCUGCUUCCAAGUAUCGAAACAAUUUUGUUAAUGCAUAAAGAGUAUCAUACAGACAGAAUUAAGACUCAAAUUAGUUUUUGUUCAUUAAAUAGAAUAGAAACAUUUUUAUUGAAAAGUAACCCCCAAUUGACGGAAUUCGGACACUAAUUUGUUUCAGUUGAAAAAGUAAUACCAAAUUGACAGAAUUCAGACACAAAUUUGUUUCAGUUGAAAAAGUAACACCAAAUUGACAGAAUUCGGACACAAAUUUGUUUCACUUGAAAAAGUAAUACCAAAUUGACAAAAUUCGGAUGCAAAUUUGUUUCAGUUGAAGUAAUACCAAAUUGACAGAAUUCGGACACUAAUUUGUUUGAAAAAGUAAUACCAAAUUGACAGAAAUAUGGACACAAAUUUGUUUCAGUUGAAAAAGUAAUACCAAAUUGACAGAAUUCGGACACUGAUUUUUUUUUUUUUUUUAAAUCAUUAUCAUCAAAUCAAGAGAAUUAAUACUCAAAUUUGUUUUCGUUAAAUGGUAAAUAGCAAAACUAUUUUAUUAUUGGCAAGAAAGAAAGUUGCAUCAGACGGAAAGUAUUGAAUGAAUUUACAGGAGAUGAAAAAUCCCAUUACAUCCCGUGAUACAGUUAGGGAAUUUAAUGUUAUACUACGGUGAUAAUUUUAUAGCGUUAUUAAAGUGAUGUACUACUGUAAUAGUUUUUAGUUUGAUUGAAGAUAUUUGAGAGAGUAUAUAUUUAUAUUUUAGUACAUACAUACUUAUAGAGUUAGAAAUUGAAAAAAAAUUAAAGUUGAAGUGAAAUUAGCGAGGUGCCUUGUUAAAAGAAGCUUCACUUUGUAGAGGUAAAAUUUUAUAAAGCCACACUUGGUUUUUGUUGUGAGAGAAGUUUUAAUUUAUGAGAUUGUGUGUGAGUGGGUAAAAUUUACUAAAUGACUUAAAAAUUGUUUAGCAAUCUUCCAAGUUUAUUAAAGUUAUUACAGCCAUUCAAGCAGUUUUAAUCGCAUAAAAUAUUCAACAUAAAAAAUAACUACUUUAUGCAAAGUGAGAUAAUGUUAUACCUGUUCACUGAUGUUACAUUUGAGAACAGGUCAGAUCUACAAAAGCAGAAUUCCUACAGUGGUUGGCUUUUUUGUUUGUCGAAGUUAUUUUUUUUUUAAAAAUUUGCUUUUAAAUCUUAUUAUAUUGAAGUAACACUUGAUUAUAACACCUGAGACUGUUAAAAUAAAUAAAUAUUCAAAUUUUAAGUCAUUUAGUAAAAUACCUUAUGUGAUUAGUAUAAAUAAUAUAUGCAAAACCCAUUUAGUUUUCAAUUUUUAUCUAUUCUAAUUGUAUGAGAAUAUUUUUGUAAUUUAUUUUACCACAGGGCACUCUUACAUAGCAGAGUUGGCUAUUAUUGUUUUAUAAAAAAAAGAAAUGAAAGAAACUGUUUUUCUUUUCCGAAUAUCAUGCUUUCUGUUUUUCACUCAUUACCAUCUCUGUACAGCAUUGUUUAUUGCAACAAUAAAAAAAAGGAGUAUAUUGCACCACGUUAGGAGAUGCACAAAAGUUUUGAUUGUUAUUAUCAAAAAUAACGAGAAAAGUUUUGUCCUUGCACAUUUCUGUAUAAUUUUAGAUCUGGUUCUUAUUUUAUUUCUCCCGCCGCCUGUCCUCUAAAUUAUUGAAGAAUGUGUGUGUGUGCCUGUUGAUCCCCUUUUUGUGUCAGUGCCUGUGUGAGUGAUCGAAACUACCCAAUUGUUUGUUCUUCCUGACAAAAUAAAAUUGGAACUUCAGCUCUUGUUUCCUUGUUGAAGGAUAAAUUUAUUUGAACAUACAGAUUUUAUCAUCGAAACAACUGCUUUUUGUAUAGUUUGAAUUCAUUAUUUCAUUUUAAUAUUAUUCUCAGAAUAACUGUGAAUUAAUAAAAUGGGUUUAUAUACUGUU